CGAUUUUCUUUAGGGAAGAAAAUUAUGCUACAAAAACGCAUGAAUUCCUGUUGUUUCUUUGUACUCCUGUUGUAGUUUUGUCGCAAAAACCCAGUAAAGUGAGCUCUUCGUUUAUUUGGUUGCAGUUUUGAGUUGCCGUUGUUGUUAAUAUGGGAGUGCACGGACUGUGGAGGCUGUUGGAAAGUACAGGGAAACCCAUCAACCCCGAGACUCUGGAAGGAAAGAUUCUUGCUGUUGAUAUCAGUAUAUGGCUCAACCAGGCAGUGAAGGGGGUGAGGGACCGUGAAGGCAACAGUGUCCAGAACGCCCACCUCCUCACUUUAUUCAACCGCGUCUGUAAACUCCUCUUCUUCCGCAUCAGACCAGUUUUUGUGUUUGAUGGAGAUGCUCCACUGCUGAAGAAACAGACCCUGGCUCUGAGGAGGCAAAGGAAAGAGGAGUUGACUCGUGAGUCCAAACAGACCAAUGAAAAACUUCUGAAGACAUUCUUAAAGAGACAAGCUCUGAAAGCCGCACUUGGAGAUAAAAGUAAGGAUCAGCUUUCCAGCCUCUCCAGCGUGAGGAGGGUUGAGGUGGACGACAUGUAUGUUCUGCCAGCUCUGCCACUUGUAGAAGAAAAGGAUAAAAGCAGCUCGUCGGAGGAGGAGGAUGAAGAGAGCAGAGGAAAUGAGGAUAAGGUUGACAGCACUCACACAUAUGAGGAGGAACUGUAUGAAGAUCCGAACUCGGUGGACAUCAACUCAGAGGAGUUUACCCACCUGCCUCCUGAAAUGAAGCACGAGAUACUGAAAGAAAUGAAAGAGUUUUGCAAAAGACGCCGAACCAUGUUUCACAAACCCCCAGAGUGCUCGGGGGACUUUUCUCAGUACCAGCUGGCCGGCCUGCUGCAGAGGAACCGUCUGAACCAGCGUCUGGAGGGUGUGGAGAAAGAGAUGAGCCAGCGUAGCGCUGGUGGAGCUCCGCAGCUCUGCCCAGAGGAUGGAGAUGAGCAGCGUCGCAGCAUAGAGGCAAACCGUCUGGUUUCUGAAGACAACUCGCAUUAUAUUCUUAUUAAAGGCUCCAAACAGAAGGAAGCCACCUCAGACGGCGGACCUGCGUCUGCGCUCUGGUCUGGAAAGUCCUUGUCAGCCAAUAGAAGAACUGCAGACAGACCCGAGCCGCUGUGGCGACCUGUCGGUGAAGAAGAGAUGGAAGCACAUGCUUCUUCCUCAAAGCCGUCUGUGUCGGACCCAUCUCAGGGAGACACAGCUCCACCUUCACCUCGGACCCUCAAGGCAAUCCAGGCUGCCAUGAAUGACAGCUCCGAUGAGGAGAAGAAGCAAGGCAGCGUCUCUCCACGUACUCUCCUGGCAAUCCAGCAAGCUCUAACCGAGGAGGGAGACGGAGCGAGUAGCUCGCCCACCAAGCUGCAGAUGUGUCUUCAUCCCCCUGUGCCUCAGGUGGUGAUCAGCAGCUCAGACGAGGAGUCGCAGCCUUCGUCCAAAGAAACAUCUGAAUUUGAAAGAAGCAUCACGCGACAAAGUUCAGACAUUUCGCUGGACAGCAGCUCUGAAGAGGAGAUGGAGGAAGUGAUCGGACAGAGAAAUAAAGCACUUCGAUUGGCAGCGUUUGAACGUAGUCCCAAGAAGGAGGCGGAGUCAGAGGAGGAGCUUUUAAAAGCAUCAGAGAACGUUGAAAAGCCAGAAUCGGAGCGCAAGCCUGACCAAAAGAGCCAGAACACGUUAGUCAUCUGUCUUCCUUCUGAGCCAAUUGAAAAAUCAACCAGAACCUCGACGAACAUCCACCCUGCAGUCACAGAGGAGAGGAACGAGCGGCCCAGUGAAGCUGCAGAUGGGACUAAUGGAGAUGAGGCAAAGCCAGAGGACAGCGAGUCAGAAGAAAGUUUUAUUGAGGUCCCACAGGAGGAGAGUAAAGAAGGCUGUGCAGAGGAUCCAGCUGUUGUAGAGAGAAGGCCUUCAGGAGAGCUCCGAGAGGAUGUGACCGGGUCAGAGGGAGGAUUACCCGAGGUUCCCGAUCAUCCGGCUCCCGGCUCAGAGGGAGAGGAGGAGUCGGAGGAUAGAAGAGACACCCAAUCCAAACCAGCCGCUAGUGAAUGGGAACAUAUCGAUGCGGAUGAACUGGAGGCUCUGGAGAACUCUCUAGAGAUGGAGCAGAGAAACCUGAGGGAGCAGAAGCAGCAGCAGGAGCGGAUGGCGAACACAGUCACCGGGCAGAUGUACCUGGAAAGCCAGGAGCUGCUGCGGCUGUUCGGCGUGCCGUUCUUGGUGGCUCCGAUGGAGGCCGAGGCUCAGUGUGCAGCUCUGGACCGGGCCGACCAGACGCACGGGACCAUCACCGACGACUCGGACGUGUGGCUGUUUGGAGGACGCCAUGUUUAUAAGAACUUCUUCAGCCAAAGCAAAUACGUUGAGCACUACCAGUACAGCGACCUGCAGAGCCAGCUAGGCCUGGACAGGACUAAAUUAAUAAAUCUGGCCUACUUGCUUGGAAGCGACUACACAGAGGGUGUGCCGGGAGUUGGGCACGUGACCGGCAUGGAGAUACUGAAUGAGUUUCCGGGACCGGGGUUGGACCCACUGGUGCAGCUCAGUAAAUGGUGGUCAGAGGCUCAGGAGAACAGCCGUCUGGUGGCUGAUCAUCGAGACACGAAGGUGAAGAGGAAGCUGAGGGAUUUGAAACUCCAGAUGGGUUUUCCCAACCCGGCUGUUGCUCAGGCUUACCUGGAACCUGCUGUUGAUCGGUCCGACGGCUCGUUCAGCUGGCGGCGCCCCCAGCUCGACUUGAUUAAAGAAUUUUGUCUGAGUCGUUUUGGUUGGAGCAGUCGAAAGACGGAGGAGACUCUUCAGCCGGUGAUUAAACAGCUCAACAGCCAGCAGAGUCAGAUGAGAAUAGACUCAUUCUUCCGCUUGGAGCAGCAGGAAAAGCAGGCGAUCCGCAGCCAGCGCCUCCGACGGGCCGUCACCUGCCUAAAGAGAAAAGAGAGAGAAGGCGGAGGAGGUGAAGAUAGUGAAGAGGAGGAAAUUAAAUCCCCAUCCAAGAGGGGGGGUGCGAAGAACAGCGAGGGACAGAAAGAAGAGGAAAGGUCUGUGACGGGGGCAGGAGGGUUUCUCAGUUCAGAGGUAGCUGAUGAACUUCCUCUGACACCUCUAAAGGAUGUCUGCCGUUCUGGUGAGUCAUCCGUCGUAGCAAAGAGAGCUCGAAAAGUCAGUAGGAGCAGCAGCUCUGAUGAGGACAGUGAUGAUGAUGAUGAUGAUGAUGGUAAGAAAGUUACUAUGGUUACGGCUCGAUCUGUGUUUGAGGGCAACAAGCGAGGCCGGGGAGCUAAACGCAGCCGAGGGAGAGGAAAAGUGAGGGGAAAGAAGCUUUAGGGACCUCAAACCUUCACUUAAACACGCUGUCAAUGAGUGAAUGUUUUACUUGACUAACAGAUGAACUGAGCCGUUUCUGCAAAGAAAAAAAGAGUUUUUGUAAACACUCAUGUUGCUGGGGUUUGUUUUGAGGUAACUUUGUAACACAAACACAUUAAACUGCAAUAAAAUUUGUAUUUUUUCUUAA